GCCUGAUGUCAGACUGUUCCAAACGUCAACAAAAGAGGUCAUUGUUAUGCAGUAUUGUGUUUAUUUAUCUGAAUUUGUUUCUCAUUACUAAUUAGGCUAAUGUUUAAUGUUUUGAACAAAGAUUUGUGUGUAAGAUAUAAAGUAUGAUAGUUUGAGUUGAUAAUAAAUUGACAAAUAUGGAAACUACUCCACUUUUGACACGACCCAAAAAGAAAUCCAUCUGGUCAAGAUUCCGUUUCACAAGGUUUCGUAAGAAGGAAUUUAAGUCUAGAGUAAUUUAUUUAGGACAAUUACCUGAAGAGGAUUAUCCAGCAAACCGUGUUUGUAAUCAGAAAUAUAGCAUUAUUACAUUCCUGCCAUUAGUACUGUUUGAACAGUUCCGCUUCUUCUUGAAUUUGUAUUUUCUUGUUAUGGCCUUGAGCCAGUUUAUACCGAGUAUAAGAAUCGGAUACUUGUACACAUACUGGGGGCCACUGUGCUUUGUGCUUGCUGUUACAUUGUUCAGGGAGGCUAUUGAUGACUUCAGAAGAUACAGAAGAGAUAAAGAAGUAAAUAGACAAAACUAUGAGCGUGUAGUUUUAGACACUCCAACAGAUGGAUACCGUCCAUUUUACACAGAGUAUGUGUCCGCAUCAGCUCUCAGAGUGGGUGACAUAGUAAUGCUUCACAAAGGUCAGAGGGUGCCAGCGGAUAUGAUAUUACUAAGGACUAAUGAGACUAUGGGCACUGUGUUUAUACGAACUGAUCAAUUGGACGGAGAGAUUGAUUGGAAAUUACGAAUACCAUUGCCUUCAACUCAAAAGCUGCCAACAGAUGCGCACCUACUAGAUAUAAAUGCACAGAUUUUUAUAGAAAAGCCAGAGAAAGAUAUCCAUUCCUUUAUCGGCACAUGUACCAGGUUGGAUGAAGAAGAAAGUGAUUCUCUAGAUAUUGAGAAUACACUUUGGAGUGGAUGUGUUGUUGCAUCGGGACAGGCCACCGGCUUGGUUAUAUAUACUGGUAUAGAAACUCGCAGUGUAAUGAACAAUGCAGUACCUAGGUCGAAAGUAGGACGUCUAGACCUACAGGUGAACGAUCUGACGAAAGUUCUGUUUGUUGCAACUAUACUCAUCUCCUUCUUACUGAUAACACUCAAAGGCUUUGAUGGACCCUGGUUUGGAUUCUUCUUCAGAUUUGUGUUGUUAUUUUCAUACAUUGUUCCAAUCAGUUUAAGAGUUAACCUAGACAUGGGGAAAGCGUUUUAUUCAUGGACGAUACAGCGAGACAAACAGAUUGAGGGUACGGUGAUGAGAUCCACAACUAUACCGGAAGAGCUCGGUCGGAUACAGUAUCUCCUCGCUGAUAAAACUGGCACAUUGACUAAGAACGAGAUGGUCUUCCAGAAACUUCAUUUACAAAAUGCAAUGUUUGAUAGAAAUAAUUUUCAUGAGGUGGAAGCAUUCCUGACCCAAUACAUAACGAACGACGUACCUUCCCUACCUACGUCGCCUACAGGCCAGGGUGCCUCGUCUACAGGCCGGGGCGCCUCGUCUCCAGGCCAGGACGCCUCGUCUCUAGGCCAGGGCGCCUCGUCUACGGGCCAGGGCGUCGCGCCCACGCCCCGACAGAUAUGGGAAGUGGUGCUUGCCAUCGCACUCUGCCACAACGUCACACCCGUCUAUGAUAUAGAGGACCAGAGAGCUGAUGAAGCUCAGUCAGACAUGGGCAGCUCUAUGAUGUCGGACAGCUGCGGGGGCGCGGUGCCGCAGCAGCAGCUGUGCGACUACCAGGCUGCCAGCCCUGACGAGGUCGCACUCGUCAAGUGGACAGACAUGAUGGGCGUGUCGCUGUACAGACGGGACUUACACAAUAUAUCUCUGAAGCUGCGCGCGGCCAACGAGAUCAUGCAAUUCAACAUACUGCAGGUCUUCCCCUUUACCAGCGAGAGCAAGAUGAUGGGCAUCAUUGUACAGGAGGAGAACUCUGGUGAGAUAACAUACUACGUGAAGGGCGCAGACGUGGCUCUAGGUCGUGCGGUGGGCGCGGUGGGCGCGGUGGGCGCGGCUGGAGGCGCGGGCUGGCUAGGCGCGGAGUGCAGUGCCCUCGCCGCUGAAGGCCUACGUACGCUCGUCGUCGCCAAGAAGACCAUGACCAAGAAUGAAUAUCUAGAGUUUGAGAGCGAGUACAACGAGGCCCGGCUGAGCGUGAUGUGCCGCAGCGAGCGCACGGCGGCGGCGCUGCGCGGGCUGCAGCGCGGCCUGCAGCUGCUGGGCCUCACCGGGGUGGAGGACCGCCUGGCGGAGGACGUGCCGCGCACCCUCGCUAUGCUACGCACUGCUAAUAUAAAGAUAUGGAUGUUGACGGGCGACAAGCUGGAGACGGCGCUGUGCAUCGCGCGGUCGCUGGCGCUGGGCGGCGGGCGGCGCUGGCUGAGCGCGCCCGAGUGCAGCUCGCGCAGCGACGCGCACCGCCUGCUGCGCGCGCUGCACGCCGCCGCGCACGACACAGACCUCAUCAUCGAGGGGGAGACGCUCGAGGUGUGCCUGCAGACGUACGAGGAGGAGGUGGUGGGCGUGCUGCAGCGCUGCAGCGGGGUGCACGUCUUGUUGUUAUUUUUUGUAAUUUCUCCGCAGGCGGUGUUUUCCGUGGUGUUCUACUUCUCUUCCGUGUCUCUCUACCCUGGCUUCCUCAUGGUCGGAUACGGCACUGUCUUCACAAUGCUGCCGGUGUUCUCUCUAGUACUUGAUAAAGAUAUACCAAGUUCGACUGCUCUUAGAUAUCCCCAGUUGUAUCGACAGCUGACUAAAGGAAGACAUCUCUCUUAUAAAACCUUCUACAUUUGGACUGGAAUAUCUAUAUAUCAAGGUGGUGUGAUAAUGUACGGCGCGCUGGUGCUGUUCGAGGAGCAGCUGAUCCACAUCGUGGAGAUCAGCUACACGGCGCUGAUCCUCACGGAGCUGAUCAUGGUGGCGCUCACCGUCGCCACCUGGCACCGCCUCAUGGCGCUGGCGGAGCUCCUCAGCCUCGCCAUGUACACCGCCACGCUGCUCAUCUUCACCACAUACUUUGACGCGGACUUCAUCCGUCACUGGGACUUCUGGUGGAAGGUGACGACCAUCACUUUAGUGUCCUGUCUACCCCUCUACGUGGUGAAGCAUAUGCACCGCAAGUGGCGUGACAGACAGUACAGGAACAUACGGAAAUGACCCCUAAUGUAUACGAAAUUAGGUCCAUAUUACAACUAUACUAACACCACAUGUGAUAUAAGAUUAGCUAGCUGAAAACAUCAAAUCAUAUACUCUUCAACAUUAGGGGCGCCAACCGCCCAGGGCGACGUAGAUUUCCGCCCAGGGCGACGUAGAUUUCCAUCCAAGGCUCUAGAACUAGAUCCGGCACUGCUUUUCCGAUUUUUUAUUAAUUCAAUUCUUACUUUUAGUAGCAUGACAUGACACUACACUUCGUCUUAGUAAAAAAAUAAUAAGUUAACCAAAAUAUUGGACUUAAAUAAACAAGAUGCCUUAAUAGUAAGAUUUAUCUGCCUUUUAAACUAAUCACACGGUUGUUAAUAAAAAUAAUUCAAUUUCAUAAAUACAAAUGCUAACAUAUAUAUUUUCUUGUAUGAUGAACUAGAAUAGAGUACAAGUGACAAAGCGUGCACACAAGUGUGGCCUCGCCUUAAAUCUAGACAAAUUUAUUUAUUCUUAUAUUAAAAUAUGAUGUAUAAGAGUCCGUGUACAGACUUCCAUACAUGAUCAUAAUUAAAUGCCUAAAUCAACGGAUAGUUUUAACAGUGGUAGUGCCUGCUUUAACAUGUUAGCACUGCAGGGCCGGCUCGCCCCCAGUAAUACCACGACCACA